GGUGGGGGCUAGUCAGGCCGCUGCGGCGCGCGAGGAGCCUGAGGAGGGGCUGGCCGCGUCGGUCCGGAGCCGGCCAGGUGCGCGGCCGCGCAUGGAGGGUCCAGUGGAGUGCGGGGCCCGGGACCAGGCCGAGCUGGAGCAGCCCGUCGGGGGCGCCCUGGGCGGUACGCCCGAGCAGCGCGCCCGCUGCCGCCUCAGGGAGCCGGGGCACUCGGCGGCAGACCCCGCCGACCCCUCCGACCCCGCGGACGGCGCCCCGAGCGCGCCCCCGGGGAGGCGGCCCCGCGGCGGCCCCGCGGAAGAGGGCGCGCGGCCCGAGGUGCCUGGCGAUGCGCCGCGGCCCGGCCGCCCCGCGCCCCGGGAGGCGGCGGGGGGCUCCCCGCAGCUGCGGCGCGGCCCCGGGGGCGCGGACGGCGCGGCGGCAGAGGAGGAGGGCGCGGGCGCGCUGACGCUGGACCCGCUGGAGCACGCGUGGAUGCUGUCGGCCGCCGACGGCCGCUGGGACAGCCUAGAGGGGCUGCUGGCCUGCGAGCCCGGCCUGCUGGCCAAGCGCGACUUCAUCACCGGCUUCACCUGCCUGCACUGGGCGGCCAAGCACGGCCGGCAGGAGCUGCUGGCACUGCUGGUGCGCUUCGCGGGCCAGCACCGGCUGCCGGUGAACAUCAACGCGCGCACAAGCGGCGGCUACACCGCGCUGCACCUGGCGGCCAUGCACGGGCACGUGGAGGUGGUGAAGCUGCUGGUCGGGGCCUACGACGCGGACGUGGACGUGCGCGACUACAGCGGCAAGAAGCCCUCGCAGUACCUGAGCCCGAGCACCGCCGAGGAGAUCCGGACCCUGGUGGGCGCCCUGGACGAGGACGAAGCCGAGAGCGCGGCGGGCAGCGGGGGAGGGCGCUGGAGGCUCUCGAGGGUGCUGCCCUCGACCCUCAUCUCCGGCAGGCUCUCGCACGCUCUGGAGGACGGCGGGGACCACCACCACCAUCACCAUCACCAUCACCAUCACCAUCACCUGGCGGAGGGAUUGGCUGCGGGCAAAGCGAAGGAGCCGGGUCGCAAAGCCUCGGGCAGCUCUAGUGGGCGGAUGAAACCCAGACUCAACAAAAUCCGCUUCCGAACCCAGAUCAUCCACACCACACCCUCUUUCAGAGACCCGGAGCAGCCCCUGGAGGAGGGGGAGGACGAAGAGGAGGACCGGUCUUUUAAAGGCCACUCAUCCUCAUUCAAAUUGAGACCCAAGUCCAAUGUAUUCGGGUAAAAAUGAUUUCUUUUAGAACGUUCUAAGACUUGUUUGUCGUCUUAGGAAUAGGGUACUAUGUGUAGACAAGGAAGUGAGACCAGAAAAGACUUAAGCUAAAUGCUGCAUUCUUACUUCGGGGGGUUGGAAAGGAUGGGGAGGAAUUCUCCUUAGCAGUAUGGCUGCAGUGGAUUUCCAAGCGAUUCCUCAAACCUUGACCUAGGCCUCUUUUCCCCCUGCCACCCUUCUGCGCUGGAGUCCCUGUUUCUAGGGACUGAAAGUGUAUCUAAAUCAGGUGCUGAGUUGAUGAUUGAGGGUCCCUUUGAUUGAAACAUUGCCGGAUACCAUGCAGAGUAAAGAGCAUUGCACAUUCGUAUCUGUUUUUCAUAGUGGCGACUCUUCCAAGAGCAACAGGAAAUGCAAAUUGUAAUGAAGCUGGUAGUGUUUGUAAGUGUGAACAAACCGACAUACUACCCUGUGUUUUUACUAAUUGCAUUUGUUUUUUAAGAUGCUACUGAAGGUCAGGUCAGAGUUGAAAUGCACAAAUACUAAUUAGAGAAUAAUGUGAAUACAAUUGGGAAUCUCUUGGUACCCUACUUGUAAGUAGUGUUCACCUCUUUUCAAAAGCAAUUUCAGCUUUGGUCACUGAACUAAAGAAAUAGGCAGCAUUCACUUUUGAGUUAAUCUGUUGUGUGGUUUCCUCUUAAUUAUCUCUAAUACCACUGCACUUAGUAUUAAGGUACAUUAUUAAUAACUACACAAAUUUUUAUUUAAAGAAAACACUUUUAACAACCUGUGGUACUUUUAAGUAAAUAUUGCCUCUGGUUCUGAUUCUCACUAACUUGUUUUGCUUUUCCAAAAGUCUGAAUUUGUCGGAGUUUUUAUUCUGGGGGUCAUUUAACCGUUGGUUCUACUUGGCAUGACCCUAUUUGGCAGUGCUUAGAGUUGAAUUGCCUACAGAAACUAUUUCUGGUUUAGAUUAUUAACAAAAAUUGACAUAAAUGUUAGUGAACUGAUGUUUCUGUGAAGUAAUUAUUAAAUGAACUUAAUGAUUCUCACAUAAGGUACACUUUUUAUUUUACUAAUGAAAUACAUUCAUAGUCUCAAUACUUUGUAGCAAUGUUUUACAAAUGUUUAAAAUACUCAAUCUUUUCAAUUUUCCAGUGUUUCCUUGAAUCUAUUAGAGACAUGGAGUGAAGUUAUUGGAAAGCUGGCUAGUAAAUCUACCCAGUUAAAAAUAGCACUUUAUAAAAGGGAAAAGAAAAUAGAUGGGACUAUUUCUAUAUUUAAAUGCUGCUGGCUAUUGAAUCCCUUCACAUAUAAGUGAAAAAAUAUCGGUCAUUAAAAUUAAAGACUUGUUUAACUGUGGUUCUUAACUAUAUUUCGUUCAGAUAUGUUAGGGUGAGUGUCUUUAUAAUUAUUGUUCAGUUUAACUCACAGGCAUAUUAAAUUCACUUGUAACAAGAUUCAAAACGACUUGUGGGAGACUAAUUCCAAAACGUCCUUCUCCCUUGGUCUUUUUGGUCUCAUAGUUGCUGAAAUAUAAGUAUUGCAGCCUGUAGUGAUGACAGAGUGAGUUAACAGAUUGCAGAGUGAAUGAACCAAUACAUGAAUUGCACAGAACUGCAGUGUUUAGAGAGUUCUUAGAUCUUUAAUUUCCAAAGUUGUAGAAAUUUGUAACAAGUUGGUCACACCUCUCUAGACAGCAAUUGAUUUCGUUUAAAGACUAACGAAAAACAUUCACAUAAAAUAUAUAAACUAUUGUCCAUUUGUGUGCCUUUACUUUUGUUUUAGGAUUAUGGAAGUGGGAUAUGUACAUUUGAGAAGCACUUUUAUCCAUACAUGUGGGUGAAAAUCUAAUUUUGUAUAAAUCAAAAUUAGGUUCCUUGAAGGUGAAAAGCAGUCAUUUGUUCCGGAUCAUACACACAUUGCCUGUAUCUAGUGCGGGGUAAGUUGUAACUUCUCACUGAGUCUUCGGUUUCAAGGACGUGUGAAGCCAAAGUGAACCAUAAAAACACUGCGGAACCACCUCCCUGUUCCACUGAACAGUCAGUGUUAAUCUCUCAAAUGUGUAUGUUAGUGCCUAAUUGCACAGAAUCUAUAAUUUGCUAGAUCUUUAGGGAUUGAGUCAAUACUUAACAUGCUUUUCACAUUAAAGAAUUCAACUUUUCAGAUAAAAUAUACUUUAAAAUUUCAAAAAUCAUUCCUGGGGGAACUUCUAGCAUUCCUUGUCAUGAUGUACUUGUGUGCAGUAAGUGCAGCGUUUUCAGCUACUUAACUCUGUUCCUCUUAUUUUUUCAAUUUCUAAAUUGAGAUUAUAAAAAGCAAGUGAUUUGUGUAAUUUGAUGUUUGUGGAGUUGUGCCUACCAUUAAUGGAAAUAUGCACGCCAGUUACUCAGAGGUCGUUGAUGUGAAACUGUGGUUAGAAAAUCCAGGUGUGUCGGUGUGUUUCUUACAGGUGCACUGGACACUAGUGAAUUUGUCACAGCUCUCUUCACUUUUAUGGUGUAUAAAGUGCAGCUAGCAUAUAAAACUUGAAAAUAUGGCACUAGUCUAUUCAUGCCUGAAAUCUUGGAGUCCAGGAUGCCUUGUCUCUUACUUUUCAAAUAAGUGAAACUUUGGGAGUUUAGAAUGUAAAAUUUGUAAAGUUUGUUUUGUCAAAAUAAAACGUUCACACUAGA